UUGCUUGCUUGUAUCGCUGCUGCCGCACCGGCUGUGGAUUGCGAACCACGUUCCACGCGCCGCCGGGACGCCGUAGACUAGACGGGCUUCCGGGGCUCGUUGAGAGGCGGUGACUCUUUGCAGACGGCCCCGGGCACGAGAGACUGCUGUUUCUCCUGUCUAAAAUGGGCGUGAAGAAGAAAAGAGAAGUGCAGGUUGCUGCAGUGACUGUCUGCCAUCAGGACCUGGAAACUUUGAGAUCUUUUGCUGAUGUGGAAGGCACAAAUCUAGCCUCUUUGCUGUUACACUGUGUACAGCUCACGGAUGGAGUGUCACAAAUCCAAUCUGUUAAACAGAUUGUGCCUCUGCUGGAGAAGGUGGAUAAAAAUGGCGUCUGUGAUCCUGCUACUCAAAGUUGUUUGGAUAUCUUAGCAGGCAUUUAUUUUUCAUUGGCUUUGAAGAACCCCUUGAAAAAAGUUUUGGCAAGCUCGCUAAAUGGCCUACCUGAAUUUUUUCUAACUGAGGCCACACACAGUUUUACUUCUCAUCUUCAAGAAGAAUUAAAUACUGCUGACUUACAUUCUUAUAGAAAAGUAAUCGACAACAUAUCUUCCUGCAUGGAGAACUUUAACCUGGGUAGAUCAAGUGUUGUUAAUCUGCUUGAAAAUGUGCUUCAGUUUCUGAACAAGAGUUUAAUUGAAAUCCUGGAAGAAAACAGAAAAUUUGCUGGAAAUCAUAUUGUUCAAACACAGUUAAUGAAUGACUUGUUGGUGGGCAUUAGAGUUUCGAUGACAUUAGUACAGAAAGUACAAGGUCUCCAGGGUGACCUCUGCAGUGAACCCGGCUCUCCCAUAUGGCAGACUGUGUGUGAUUUGCUGAGCAUGUUCACCAGGUGUUUAAACGACGAUGACCUGCUGCAGACUAUCCAGAGCACAUCGGGGCUAGCUGUUAUUCUUUUUGUGAAGACCAUGUUCCAUCCUCCUGAAAAGCUUCCCGGGUUGAUCAGCAGCUUGCUUCUCCAAUCAGUUGACUGCACCAGCAUCCCUGAGUGGUUCAUGAACAGCUGUAGGAGCCUGUGUUGUGCUGACGUGUCAGCAUCAACUCUCUUAUUCCUGUGUCAGGGAACACUUGCUAUGUUGGACUGGCAGGACAGGAGCAUGGGCCCAAGUGGGGAGGCUUUGCUCUUGGAUACUGUGCGUGUUUUAUUUACCUUGAGUUCACAUAUGUUUAUGGAGUUGGACAACCAUCACCACAGCCAGCCUCAGAGUGCUCCCAUCUUCCUGGAUGGUCAUGGUGGUGUCGUUGGGAGGCAGAGGAUUAAGGAGUCAACACUAGAAAUGUUCCUGUCUAGAAUCUUGGCCUCUUGGACCAAUUCAGCCAUACAAAUCCUUGAAUCAAGUUCCCCAAACCUAAAGGCCUCUCUGAAUGGGGAUUCGAGCAUAGCUAGGAGACUUCUGGAAUAUGUCUAUACACACUGGGAACAUCCAUUGGAUGCUCUGAGACACCAAACCAAAAUUAUAUUCAGAAAUCUUCUGCAAAUGCACCAGCUCACUAUGGGAGGGGCCGAUUCAGUCACUGACCCUUUCUUUCUGGAAUUGACUAAGAGUCUUCUGAAACUAGAAUGGCAUAUUAAAGGGAAGUACUCAUGCCUUGGCUGUUUAGUUGAGAGUAUUGGAGUUGAACAUAUUUUGUCAAUAGAUAAAACUAUUCCAUCUCAAAUCCUAGAGGUGAUGGGAGACCAGUCAUUGGUACCUUAUGCAAGUGACCUCUUGGAAACCAUGUUUAAAAAUCAUAAGAGCCAUUUGAAGUGCCAGACUGUCACCAACACUUGGAUGGAUGAGUGGCAUGAGACUUGGGUUUCUCCUCUUCUGUCUAUACUAUGUGGAGGAAACUUGGAUCAAAAGUCUUACGUAAUCGAUUACUACUUGCCAAGGUUACUGAAUUACAGCCCGGAAAGCCUGCAGUAUAUGGUGAAGAUUCUUCAGGCAUCUAUUGACACUGAAACUGGGUCUUAUAAUCGAAGAGGGGCUCUGGGAGCUUUGAUGGCAUGUCUACGAACAGCUAGAGCUCAUGGACAUCUUCAGUCUGCCACUCAUGCCUGGGAGGAUCUUAUGUGCGGUACAAGGAUAAAGCAAGGCUUAAUUCACCAACACUGCCAAGUGCGGAUCGAUACGCUAGGCUUGCUUUGUGAAAGCAAUCGGAGCACAGAAGUGGUCUCUAUAGAAGAGAUGCAGUGGGUGCGGUUCUUCAUCACAUACAAUCUCAACAGCCAGUCUCCAGGGGUGCGGCAGCAGAUUUGCUCACUCCUUAAAAAGUUAUUUUGUAGGAUACAAGAAAGUUCUCAGGUACUUUAUAAAUUGGAGCAAAGGAAAUCUGCACCUGACUCAGAGAGUGGGUCCAGCAGCGAGCGGCCUCCGGUAUCUUUACAGCAGUAUAAGAAUUUCAUGUCAUCUGUUUGCAACAUUCUUUUUGAAGCAUUGUUUCCUGGAUCUUCCUACUCAACUAGGUUUUCAGCUCUAAGCAUUUUAGGAUCAGUGGCUGAAGUGUUUGCUGUCUCAGAAGGUAACAUCCAACCAGUGUAUCAGCUGAGUCAUGAUAUCGAUGCUGGCCGUUUCCAGAUACUAAUGGAAUGUUUUACUAGUACUUUUGAAGAAGUGAAAACCUUAGCAUUUGACCUUCUGAUGAAGCUAUCGUCGGUAACAGCCAGACAGUUCCAGGAUGCUGAGAAACUGCAAGGCCUGUUCCAGGCAGCAUUGGAGCUCAGCACCAGCACAAAGCCAUACGACUGUGUGACCGCCUCCUACUUGCUGAACUUGCUGAUAUGGCAGGAUGCUCUGCCGGCCUCCCUGACUGCCUCUCAAGCACAGCAGCUCACACACAGGGCACAUGGGGCUGCAGAGAAGGCUACUGUGCUGGAAAGGAACACGCUAGUAGUCAUUAAAUGCUUGAUGGAAAAUCUUGAGGAUGAAAUAUCUCAGGCCGAGGACUCUCUGCUUCAGGCUGCAUCCUCAUUUCCAAUGUAUGGGAGAGUCCACUGUAUAACAAGAGCUUUUCAGAAGUUGCCUCUCAAUGACCUGCGGUUGGUGAGUGAGUGGAGGCCAGUGGUGGAGGGACUUCUGCUGCUGUCCUACAGGCUGUCUGCUGUGGUGUCUCCUGUCAUCCAGAGCUCCUCCCCUGAAGGCCUCAUCCCUAUGGACACGGACUCAGAGUCAGCAAGCCGCUUGCAAGUCAUUCUCAAUGAGAUUCAGCCACGGGAUACUAACGCUUAUUUCAACCAAGCCAAAAUACUGAAAGAAUGCGAUAGCUUUGAUUUGGAGGACUUGAGUGCCAGUGUCUCAAAUAUUGAUAGCUCUGCAGAAAUCAAAGGUAAAGAAACAAAAACCUGUGAUGUCACUGCUCAGAUGGUCCUGGUGUGCUGCUGGAGAAGUAUGAAGGAAGUCGCCUUACUUCUAGGUACACUCUGCCAGCUUCUCCCCAUGCGGCCUGUGCCAGAAUCUUCUAAUGGCUUAUUAACAGUGCAGCAGGUAAAAGAAAUUGGAGAUUACUUUAAACAACACCUUUUGCAGUCCAGACACAGAGGAGCAUUUGAACUGGCUUACACUGGUUUUGUGAAACUCACUGAAAUAUUAAACAGGUGCUCUGCUGUGAGUCUGCAGAAGCUGCCGGAGCAGUGGCUGUGGAAUGUUCUGGAGGAAAUUAAAAGCAGUGAUCCCUCUUCCAAACUCUGUGCCACAAGGCGAAGUGCUGGGAUCCCUUUCUACAUACAGGCAUUGCUGGCAUCUGAACCAAAGAAAAGCAAAAUGGAUUUGUUGAAAAUAACAAUGAAAGAGCUGAUCUCUUUGGCUUUGUCUGUAGAUGGCUCAAAGGGCACAGUCCCCCAGGUUCAUGCUUUAAAUAUCCUCCGAGCCCUGUUCAGAGAUACACGGCUGGGGGAAAACAUCAUUCCUUAUGUUGCUGAUGGAGCUAAGGCUGCAAUUCUGGGCUUCACUUCACCUGUCUGGGCAGUGAGAAAUUCAUCUACACUUCUCUUUAGUUCCUUGAUCACAAGAAUUUUUGGAGUUAAAAGGGGAAAGGAUGAACUUUCCAAAACAAACAGAAUGACAGGAAGAGAGUUUUUCUCUCGCUUUCCAGAACUGUAUCCCUUUCUUCUCAAACAAUUGGAAACUGUAGCCAAUACAGUGGACAGUGAUACGGGAAAGCCUGAUCGACACCCCAGCAUGUUCCUCUUGCUCUUGGUGCUGGAGAGACUCUACCCAUCUCCGAUGGAUGGCACGUCGUCUGCACUCAGCUUGGCACCUUUCGUUCCUUUCAUUAUCAGGUGUGGUCGCUCUCCUAUCUACCGCUCCCGUGAAAUGGCAGCUCGUGCAUUGGUACCCUUCAUUACCAUAGACCAAAUACCAAGCACCCUCCACGCUCUUCUAGACUCACUCCCCAACAGCACUGACCAAUGUUUCCGACAAAACCAUAUACAUGGGACACUUCUACAGGUUUUUCAUUUGUUACAAGCCUACGUUACAGACUCCAGACACAGAACAAAUGCAGAUUUUCAGCACGAGCUGAGUGACAUCACUGCCUGUACCAAAGCCAAACUGUGGCUAGCCACGAGGCAAAAUCCAUGCUUGGUGACCAGAGCCGUAUACAUUGAUAUUCUCUUCCUGCUGACUAAGUGCCUGGACAGACCUGCAGAAAGCAAGCAGCCAGCUCUACAGAGCCUUGGCCUCCAGGAAGAUGUGAGAAGAAUUGUCUUGGGAUCAGAGCUGGUUACAGGGUUCCCCUGGACCUUCAAGGUGCCAGGCCUGCCACAGUACCUGCAGAGCCUUACCAAACUAGCCAUCCCUGAAGUGUGGGCAUCACUGGCUGAGGCGGAAGGACAAGCGAUUGCCAUUCCUCUCUCCUUCUCUCGGCUUCUGGAGUCUUCCUUUCCUGAAGUGCGCUUGUUAACCCUGGAUACCCUGCUGGAAAGGGUAAUGUCCUCUGAACUGGAAGAGAAGGGGCCGCCUCCCUUGCUGUGUAGUAUGGGAGAAGACUUCCUACUGUUGGCAAUGAAGGAAAACCACCCAGGAUGCUUCUGCCAGGUCCUGAAGAUUCUCUAUCAUAUGAACCCCAGUGAAUGGCUUUCCCAGACAGAGCACUGUGUUCACCUCUCCCCAAAAGAGUUCCUGAUCUGGACUAUGGAUAUUGCUUCCAAAGACAGAUCUGAAAUCCAGAGUGUAGCUCUGAAGCUUGCCUCCAAACUAAUUGCCCACCACGUGCAGACAUGUGAGGAGAACAAGGACUCCAUAGCCCCUGAGCUGAGGCAGUGGGUCCAGCUGGUUGUCUGGUCCUGUGGAGACCAUCUUCCUACUGCGUCUAGACUGGCAGCUGCUGAGGUGCUCACAAGUGCAACGCCCCUGUUCCUCACCAAUCCCCGGCCCAUUCUUGAAUUGCAGGACACACUUGCUCUCUGGAAGUGUGUCCUUACCCUUCUGCAGAGUGAGGAACAAGCUGUCAGAGAGGCAGCCACAGAGAUCGUGACAGUAGCCAUGUCACAAGGAAACACUUGCCAGUCAACAGCGGGAGGGAGUCAUACAGGGAUGGAAGGCAGUAUCUGUGAUCUACAGAUGAGGGAUCCAAAAGCAAGGAGAGAAUUUGCCUUCUGCCAGGUGAAUGCCUCUGUUGCUCUGGCCCUGGCCUUAGCUGUUCUGUGUGACUUGCUCCAGCAGUGGGACCAGCUGGUGCCAGGACUGCCCAUUCUCCUGGGAUGGCUGCUAGGAGAGAGUGACGACCCCCAGUACCUUAUGCAGAGCCCACAUCAGGGAGAAGAUGACUACAUAUUCGAAAAAUCAGAAGUCAACUUUUGGGCUGAGACCCUGACCUUCGUGAGAUACCUGUGUUGGCAACUCUUCCAUCUCCCCUGUCAGUCUGGCCAGCCCUACCCUCACUCCCAGCUCUGUCACCUGCAGACCAUAGCAUCUGAGAAGCGUCACCUGGUCUCUGAGCUCUUCAGAGAACUCCCACUCUCGGCUGAAUUUCUGAAGACAGUGGAGUACACAAGGCUGCGCAUUCAGGAGGAAAGGUCUCUGGCCGUCCUGAGGCUGCUGGCCUUCCUGGAAGGCAAGGAAGUUCUCAGAGCGGAAGACUGUCCCAGGGAGUGGAGACAGUUGAUGGCCCCAAGAACAGAAGCAUCGUGCUGAAAGAAGGCUGGGGCAGGGAGUGGACUCUCCCCCACUCAGGUCUACAAGAAACUUGUGGGACAUAAACGCAUGCCUCUCCCACUUGUGGGAGCCUGGGCUUCUGUGUCUUCCUACAGAAGGCUUUGUCUUCAGCACACUCACUCAAGGCAGCCAGUGUAUUGCAGCUCCUGUAGGAAGCGAGGCUACGAUGUUGAAUAUUUACUCAGUUCCCAGGUGCAGGCCACCUGCAGGCCUGAAUUAGCCUUUUCUAUCCUGAAGAACUGCCAGUCCAGCCAGAGUUUAUUUCCCAUACACUGACUAUAGUGAACUGAGUUUUAGCACACACAAGUCCCCCAGCCACAUAUCUAC